GAUAAUAUUUUACAAACAUCACGCAUGACUCGUCAACUUUGUCGACUAGUUUGAAAUACCAUUUCAUACCAGUGAGCUGUGUGAUCUAAACAACGACAAAAUGUCUCUGAACGUAAAUCCCGAAAUUGUAUCAAUUUUUAGUUUUUGGGGCGGUAUCUUGGCUCUGAAAAUUUUGGCCAUGUCAUUACUUACUGCACGUCAACGAUUCCGAAAACAGGUCUUCGCAAAUCCGGAGGACACAUCACUCGCAAGUAAAAAAUCAAAGGUCGUCUUUGACGACCCAGAUGUCGAACGAGUCCGCAGAGCACACUUGAACGACCUUGAAAAUGUUGUGCCAUGGUUCAUCGUCACUUCGCUUUGGAUAGGAACUGAUCCAUCAACAUGGCUGGCCAGUUUGUUGAUCCGAACUUUCGUCAUCACGAGGAUAAUCCACACUAUCGUCUACGCAAUCGUACCGUUUCCACAACCUGCAAGAGGCCUCAGUUUUGGCGUAGGAUUUUUGACCACCGGCUACAUGGCGGUUUCAACAAUACUGCACUACUCAUCUUAAAGAAAAAAAUUUUUAACUUCCCUACACGAAGGGAAAGGAUUAUUUCAGUCAAGUGAUAUUCGUUUGAUUCAACGAAAUGAUAUAACGCAGCGAACGCAAUACUUACUUAGUUCAACGAAAUACUUGUGUCAACAUACUACAGAAGUGAAUCGAACCUUUGAACGAUUAUGCUGACUGUCAAUUUAUUCAAGAUAACACGGGGCAAGUUCUUUGCGAUAAUGCGACCUCUUUAUCAAGAAAAUCCGUAAUUGGUACGAUUGAAAAUUUGAGUGAAUGCACCGUAAUUGUUUUCUUUCAAAAAUACGACAUUUUUGUAUCGUUUUGCAUUGACUGAACCUUACUGUUAUCCAAGUGCACAUAAUGUGUUUUCCGAAAUGAUAUCGUUUAUAAUUCCGUCGACUACCAAGCUUGUGGGACUUAGACCCGAAAACUUAUUGUUAUAAACAUACCAAGUAUGAAAUGAACAAGUGUCAACAGCCUUUGUUUAUUUACAGUCAUCAUCAAUUUCGGUGAUUUUAAACUCGUCAUUAUACUUCAUUUCUUUGCCGGAAGUUUAGUGGUAAAUUUACCUAUCCCGAUCUGUAUCUGAUUUCGUACCCGACUACUCGAUUUUAUAAUCAUCUCUAAAGCUACUUCCGUGGCGAGAAGGUUCACCGCCUAGUGGCCGUUUAUGGUACUAGUAUACUGAUGCUUACGUCGAAUAUAUACUCUACUUUUUUCAAAGCAUGUAGCGUUUCUUUUACUUUGUAAACAAGUAAUGCUACUAAUUUAACCAGUUAUGCCAAACAAGCUCCGAUUAGAUCAACAAAUUAUGGAACUCGAUCGAUGUAAAUUUUUCGUAGGCUAGAUUCAUGUACUUAUUUUAUUUGAAGUACCCAAUUGUUUCUGUCAACGAGCAUACGACUUGGAGAAACAAUAUACAUAAGCGUUAAAUGAAAUAACAUUUAGUUGACUCAAUUUCGGAAACACAUGAAACUGAGUGAGGUUCACUCGAAUCAAUUACUUCGAUCGUGACAGGAAAGACUUUCGUUGAAUCAAGGAAUUAGCUUGACUAAAUCAUUUUGCCAAACUAACUAAAUAGAAAAUGUCGAAUUGAAAUCAUCAUAUUUGGAACAAACAAGGGAUACCAGAUUGAAGUGAAUGCACUCCAACAAAAUCUAUUUUGCCUGUUCAAGAAUUCCUUUCCCUCUAUGUACGGACUUACAGAACUGAGUGCAAUUUCCCUAGGAUUUUGCUUCUGCUAUCGGUUUGAAAGUGGGUAAAUCGCACUCAAUACGUAACAAUGAUAUGAAUUCCAGCUACCUUUGUAAUACAUGCUGUUAUUAAUAAUAAAAUCGGUGGCGAGAUUAAUGCAUCA